AUCGAAUAGUAGUUAAAGAUAAGAUAGGGUCUUUAAAUUAAUUUCCCGCGAAAUCUUAUAGAAACGGUUGUCACUUGUCGGCCGUCGGUUAUUUACAAAGUAAAUACUAAAAAUUAAAAUUUAAAUAGUAAAAUAUACCUACUACCUAGUACAUUUAAUACUUUUAUAUAAUCAACAUGAGCAGCACAUCAAUUUGGUCCGAUACCGACGAACAAAAAGUGUUUAAAUGUAAUGCCAAAGCAGCAACCAAACAAUUAUUUUCAAUAUUGCUUAUCGGAAAUUCUAAUUGGAGCACGCAACUGGCUGACGCAAUGACGGACUACCAUGAAAACAAUCAUUCCAAUAAAAUACAAGUGUUUAAAGCAAAUAGUGUAAAAUCAGCAUUGUCAACAUUCUCUAAUAUUUACGCUGACCUCAUAAUAAUUUUACUAGAUGUUAGAAAAAAUGACUGUCUCGUUGAUGUGGAAAUGAAUCUUUUGUCAUUAGAGCCAGCAUUGUUAUGUGGUAGGACCAUCUUUGUUAAUCCUAGAUGUGAUAUAAAACAUAAAGAUAUGGGUAUUACUUACGAAAAUAUUGAUGGACUGAAAAGAAAAUAUGAUUUGGUUAUAAUUCAUGGAAACAUUGAGGAUUAUUUAAGCAGGAUGUUUUUAGCGCGAAGAAUCAUGGUUUUGGCAUACAAAAUCAAUCAUAAUGGUAUACCAAAUAUAAUAAAUUUUUCUUCAGUCCAUAAUAUGUAGACUUUUAUUAUUUUAUAUAAUUUACAACAUCUUUUUUAUAUUUUAUACUUCAUAUACUUUAUUCUACAUUUUAAUAACUCUUACAGAAAAAUUUGCAAUAAAAUAUCUAUUAAUCAAUUA